GUAGCUUUGUUCUUGCAAACGACUUGUCUGUCGUACAUAUGAUAUAUAUUAUGUUCCUUUAAUAUCAGUGCAACACGAGCUGUAACGUUAACGCAAAGUUUUGAAUCGCUUCUAAAUUAAUUUCCUUUCAAAUAUAUCUUACGAGACCAUGCUACGUUAGCUAACGCCGCUAACAAUGAGACCUGGCUAGCACCAACAGUAGCAGGUGCGACCUAGUGAAAAAGAAAGCGCCGGCUUCGCUUACAAAAGGAUCUGUAUUGAUGAACUGACAUACAUCAGGAAGCAUUGUUUUAGGAAAUAAAGAACCAAGAAAUGGUGAAUCAAGAGCAGGAGUUAGCCAACCGGCCUGACAACACCGCCUUCACCCAGCAGAGGCUUCCGGCAUGGCAGCCUAUGCUCUCAGCUGGCAUUAUCAUCCCAGGGUUUGUCCUCAUCGGCCUGGCCUUCAUUGGCAUUGGCGUCACUCUCUUUGUCACUUCACGGAGCAUCCAAGUGUUGGAGAUAGACUACACUGGGAUUGAAACAACUUCACCAUGCUUCAAGUGCUCUGACCCAGAUAAAAAGAACUGUUUGUGCGAGCUGGACUUCUCCAUUGACAGUCUAUUUAAGGGGCCCGUGUUCUUUUAUUAUGGUUUGUCUAACUACUUCCAGAACUACAGAAGGUAUGGUGUGUCCAAAGAUGAUAGCCAGCUGUCUGGAGACAUUAAUUACUUUACGCGUCCCAGUGACACCUGUGCUCCCUAUCAGUAUGACGGCAACAACCAACCAAUUGUACCAUGUGGAUCGAUAGCAAACAGCAUGUUCAAUGACACCUUCAAGCUGUAUCAGAUUGUCAAUGGGACAGAGAAGCUGGUGCCCUUCGAUGGAAAAGGGAUUGCUUGGUGGACAGACUACAACAUCAAAUACAGAAACCCCACGGUCACACCUCUGAAGAGCGCAUUCAACGGAACUGUAAAACCCAUAUUUUGGCCCAGGCCUGCUUACGAGUUGGACCCAUCAGACCCUGCUAACAACGGCUUCAUCAAUCAAGAUUUCCUGGUGUGGAUGAGGAGGGCAGCCCUGCCAGAUUUCAGAAAGCUGUAUCGACGAAUCACCAAGGGUGAUUAUGCAAAGGGUCUGCCAGCUGGAAACUACUCCCUUAAAAUUGCCUACAACUAUCCUGUUCAGAUCUUCUCAGGGAGAAAGAAGGUGGUGUUCAGCAACGUGUCCUGGAUGGGUGGCAAGAAUGAGUUCCUGGGCAUUGCCUACCUCGUGAUGGGUUCAUUGUGUGUCGUCAUGUCCAUAGUCAUGCUCAUUGUCUAUGCUAAAUUCAAGUUCCCUGAGGAAGAAUGAGUGCCUGGUCACGGACUGUGGUUGGCUGGGGGGUUUAUCUACCCUAUCAACAAUUUUUCUUUUUUUCCCUUUUUACUCAAUGGCAUGAUGAAAGUGGAGUACAGUGCUCACAAAUGGGAGUAUACAGCUAGAAUCCACCUAUGAACUGAAAUCACAUGUUAUUUUGGACAUGAAGAGAUCUCCUAAGGUGCAGAAGAAGCCUGGUGUCAUUUUGUGAGGCGGGACUCGACACUGGAGUUUCCCCAUUGACUGCAAAAUAGGAACUGGCUAUGUGGGCCCUGUGGGAUGAUUUCCAAUAUGGGUACAUGUACUUGUCUGUAAGCACAUCCAUGAAGGUAGGCUCUCCUGGAACAGCUGUAAGAGGUGUCUCUUGUUGGUAUCUCAAAUUUGAGUGAUCACUAGAGAAGUGUCAUUGCUGACACACACCAAGUCCAAAAUCAAAAUAAUAAUGUAUGUUAAUUCUGUUGUAAAUAUAUCUAUACUUUAUUGGUCUCCACUGUGAAUCUUAAGGGAUGAAUUUUAAGGUAGAGUGAAAGUAGAGUGGAUAUGCAAUGUGCGCAGGCAAAAGGAGACAUACAUCCUAUGUGCGUUCUAGUUUAAUCAGUUUAUGCUUGUCUGGUUUAUUUUACAAUACUUGGAUAUUACAGGGUGUUUAUCUCAGGCUUUUAAUACUGUGUUUCUUAAAUGUGUGCUUUCAUAAUCAAAAUGAGCUGCCUCCUCAUUUUAGGUCAGUAAUAAUAUUAAAGCCAUAAAUGAUUUGAUAAACCAUUUGAUACUGAACAAAAAGUUACUUUUGAUGUGUGUGAGAUGUGUAGCUUAGUUUGGAAAUAAUGCUGUAAAAUAUGGGAAUAAUUGCUCUUCAAACUCAGGGAUCUAGUGUACAGACUAUGCAAGCUCAUGUUGUCUUCUAUUUACUUAUUAACAGUUUUAACUCUCACUAUUGUUUCUGAGAUUUUACUUCAUGUUGAUAUUUAUUUAAUAAAACAACAUCAAAACCAGAA